AUGAGGGAAAUUGAUAUAGUCUUAAAGGAAAACUUCACUUUGGACUUUCGGGAGCUAUCCACAUCCAUGUAUCUAACGGACAGCUAUGUCAACCACUCGCUAGAAAUAAAUGUAACCACCAAUGAUUUGAUUUACACGAACCAGUUCGAGGAUGAAGCGUUCUUUGUGUUUCUUGUCGUUCUGAAAUGUAUUAUUAUGCUAUUUAUUAUAACGGCAGCCAUUUUCGGGAAUCUGCUGGUGAUCGUAUCGGUGAUGAGGCACAGAAAGUUGCGUGUUAUCACCAAUUACUUCGUUGUGUCUCUGGCGCUGGCAGAUAUGCUGGUCGCGAUCUGGGCGAUGUGUUUCAACUUCAGCGUGGAGAUAACGAAUGGGGAAUGGCUGUUCGGCUACUUCAUGUGUGAUGUGUGGAACUCUUUGGAUGUGUAUUUUUCUUCGGCGUCCAUUCUGCACCUGUGCUGUAUAAGCGUUGACAGAUAUUAUGCGAUAGUGCAGCCGCUGGACUACCCCCUCAUAAUGACGACUGGUCGUUUAGGAGUCAUGCUGGCCGUGGUCUGGUGUAGCCCUGCACUAGUGUCCUUUCUGCCGAUCUUCAUGGGCUGGUACACCACGUUGGAACACCUGGAAUUCCGGAGACGACAUCCAAAGAUUUGCAGUUUUACGGUAAACAAGGUCUACGCAGUCAUAUCAAGCAGCGUUAGUUUCUGGAUCCCCGGAGUCAUCAUGAUCUUUAUGUACUACAGGAUCUAUGUAGAAGCAGAUAGACAGGAGAGGAUGCUAUAUAGGAGUAAAGUUGCUGCCCUCUUGCUGGAUAAACAUUUGCAAAUCAACGGGAUCUCCGUGGGUGACGUGAUGCGAGAGAGGCAGAGCAUCCAGAUGCAGCCGAUGGCCAGCAGCAAGAUGAAGAGGGAGAGGAAGGCAGCUCGGACACUUGGAAUCAUCAUGUCUGCGUUUCUCGCUUGCUGGUUGCCGUUUUUCUUGUGGUACAUAAUAACAGCGCUCUGUGGCGAAGCUUGCCCCUCCCCCCCGCCUGUUGUGGCUGCGGUCUUUUGGGUGGGGUAUUUUAACUCGGCUCUAAACCCACUCAUCUAUGCCUACUUUAACAGAGACUUCAGAGCAGCUUUCAGGAAGACGUUGGACUCCUGUUGCAGAUCUAUGUGCGGCAAUAUCGGCCGUCGCUACUGCGCCCAAAUGCAUCGCCGGGAGCACCAUCAUUCAAAUACAUCUGACAUGCACAUGAACAACUGCAUCAAGUCAACUUCAGCUGACGUAUUACGACAGCCGACUUGCUCUCGGAUAGAAGAAGCGAUUAGAACAUAG